AACACUUGGUUUUGAUUUUAGUUUUCAACCGAAACUCGUUGAUAGUGAGACGUGUGCGCUUUGCUGUGCUAUUGUUAUUCGGCAUUUAGACAUUGCAUCGCGAUACAAUAUGGAAGAUCCCAAUCGUAUGAUGGCUCAUACGGGUGGUAUGAUGGCGCCACAAGCUUACGGCAUGCCCGGCCAGGAUGAUGGUCAAAAUGCUGGCAAUGAGAAUGAGGUGCGUAAGCAAAAAGAUAUCGGCGAAAUAUUACAGCAGAUAAUGAGCAUUUCCGAGCAAUCACUGGAUGAGGCGCAGGCAAGGAAGCAUACAUUAAAUUGUCAUCGCAUGAAGCCGGCUUUGUUUUCGGUAUUGUGUGAAAUUAAGGAAAAAACCGUUCUUUCCAUUCGCAAUACGCAAGAGGAAGAACCACCAGAUCCACAACUUAUGCGCCUGGAUAAUAUGCUUAUUGCUGAAGGCGUUGCCGGACCGGAAAAGGGUGGCGGUGGCGCAGCAGCCGCUUCGGCAGCUGCAGCAAGUCAAGGUUCAUCAUUGUCAAUCGAUGGUGCUGACAACGCAAUUGAACAUUCGGACUAUCGUGCCAAGCUUGCACAAAUUCGCCAGAUAUAUCAUCAAGAGUUGGAGAAGUACGAGCAGGCGUGCAAUGAGUUCACCACACACGUUAUGAACUUGCUACGCGAGCAAAGUAGGACUAGACCCAUAACACCUAAGGAAAUCGAACGUAUGGUACAGAUAAUACACAAAAAAUUCAGUUCCAUACAAAUGCAAUUGAAACAGUCGACGUGUGAAGCGGUCAUGAUACUACGAUCUCGGUUCCUUGACGCCAGACGUAAACGGCGUAAUUUCAGUAAGCAAGCUUCCGAAAUACUCAAUGAAUACUUUUAUAGUCAUUUGAGUAAUCCAUAUCCAUCUGAGGAAGCUAAGGAGGAGUUGGCGAGAAAAUGUGGCAUAACUGUUUCCCAAGUGUCCAAUUGGUUUGGCAACAAACGCAUUCGUUACAAAAAGAAUAUUGGCAAGGCACAGGAAGAGGCCAAUUUGUAUGCAGCUAAAAAAGCAGCUGGCGCUUCGCCCUAUUCAAUGGCUGGCCCACCAAGCGGCACCACAACACCAAUGAUGUCACCAGCACCACCACAGGAUUCGAUGGGUUAUCCGAUGGGUUCGGGUGGUUAUGAUCAGCAACAGUAUGAUAACAGUAUGGGCGGUUAUGAUCAUACUUUACAUCAGGAUCUUAGUCCUUGAGGCGGCUUAAAUUACCGCAGCAGCAAUUCAAAUGUAUACGAGCAAAAGUGAACGAACAACUGGAAUUCGCUUUUGAAAACACUUUGAUCUACAUAUAUAAAGGCAUACAGUGGGCAUAUUUUUAAGUGAUUUAAUUAAAAAAAAAACACUGAGUAUUUUGUGUG